UAUUCAAUUAGGUUUGUUAAUAUGUCCUGUUCUGCAGUAAAUUGUACUAAUCGAAUCAGUCAGGGCUAUCGAUUAUGUCGGUUUCCGACAUACCCAAAACGUAGACAAAUUUGGGUAAUUAAUAGUAGACGGUAUAAAUGGAUUUCAACUGAUUCAGCACGACUUUGCCAUAUUCAUUUUGAGGAUAAUCAGUUUGAACAAAAUCAAAUAGAUGGAUUAAAAAAGUUGAAAUGGAAUGCAACUCCAACUAUUUUUGAUGUUCCUAACCCUCCAAAAACAAUAAUAACCCCAAGAAAAUCCUUGUAUAAAAGACCUGUUACUGAUGACAAUGUUUCCAGUCAGAUUGUAGAUACUGUUUCUGUCAAUGCAAAUUCUUUAGAAAAUACAAACAAUUCAAAUUUAGAAUCUGUAAGUACAUUUCUGCAAUAAAAUUAGUUCUUUUUACAGGGUUAGGAACAAAGUAUAAAAAAAUAGUGAAAAAAGUGACU